AGAUGGAGCUAGUUCCCUGGUCCUCUUCUUGAGUAUAAAUAUGUCGGUAGAAAACGCUCCUCCCCCCCCCACUCCUCUUCCUAUCUCGUUUCCGUAUUUCUCUGCCUCAUCCUCAUCCGCUACCUCUCUUUUCUCUCCACUCACAAAUACAUCACACUCACACUCACACUUACACACACACACACACAUAGCAAUAAUGCAUUGGAACACUGCCCUCUUCCUUGUCGCUGCCAUCGCAGCCCCAGCUCUGGCCCUUGAGGAGCCCAGCAACUGCGUUGUUCCCGCAACACGCAACAACUGGACCUCGAUCACGGACGAAAACAACUUCUGCACGAUGCUCUCGCCCAAGGGUUCCCAGAACGUUGCCCCCGAUGAGGCCUGUGCGACCUCCUACUGUUUCGGCAAGGGUACCACCAACCCCCUGAAGCAGGAGGAAUCAAGCGUUAAUAAUCCAGCCAUGCCCGAGGGCCUCAUCCUUUCCUCACACCUGUCCACAGGCCGUAAUGAGAGCGGCACCGCUGGUUCUGGAUGGGUUCAGAUUACGGGAUGCAUGAACGGAGCCGUCUGGGGUCUGAAUGCGACGGAUGACGGUGGUCAGAUGGAUUCACAUGGAUGGCGUUAUAGCUGUAUUGGGUAUAACAAGUUUGUCUCGUUGCUCGAGCCAUCAUCCAAUACUUACUGCAUCCGGUGCUGCAAAGGAACCAAAGAUGAUACCGAACGCGAUUGCAUUACCAACAAGUCCGAUAAAGGCUGCUGGAAUCUUAUUCCUGGUGAUUACAGCAUGAAGGACGGUAGCGUUUGCCCACUUCCCAAUAGCACCUCCCUCCCUACCGUGUCCGGCACUGUCUCAGCUACUGCUACUGGUUCCCCCACCGUGUCUGCUCCUAGCAGUGGAUCUACCAGUACCGGUGCUGUUACCUCUCCCACCAACAAGCCCAGCGCUGCUGCCCAUUCGUACAUCUCCUGGGAGAUCAUGGCCACGGUCGUCGCCGGUGCCAUCGGUAUUGUCGCCGCCUUCUAAAUAGAUACUUGCAUCCAACCAACUUGUAAAGUCCACCACUAUUCUAAUAAACUAUUGAUUAAAG